AUGACCACCCGCCCGGAUACAAUUUUCAAGCGGAUGGCUAAGAACCAUCAUGUUCCUUUAAUUAACGAUAAAGAAAUUCCGAAAAAUGAUCAAAGAGGAAUAGAAGAGACUUUAACUCACGAGGAGACUCAAGGAAAAGUGUUGUUUCGUGAACAAAAUACUGUCGUUAUGGACCACAGUGAACAGAAUGAAUAUCAACUUGCUAAUUUGAGUGAUUUGAUUAAUCUCGGUUCCGUUAUUGAGUCAGCAGACAAUUCGGAUGGCAAACUUCGUGUAAAGGGUCUUUGGAAAACAAAAAAAGAGACAAAGUCUAAGAUUCCUCGUAAAAGAACAUCCACAUUGACUAUGAAGGCAAUGACACCCGAAGACAGGGAAGAGCACGUAAAAGCUCAAGAUAGAAGAAACGCUACGGCUUAUCGAUAUCGCCAAACGAACAGUUUUAACAGAAAAAUUGAAAUUGAAAAAGAAUUGAGAAGAGAAGUUCAACGAAUGAAACUGGAAAAUGAGAGUUUGGAGAACGCCUAUCUUGCUCAAUUAGAUGGUUACAAAACGGAAGAAUGGGGAAAGAAUAAUUUGAAGACGUUGGAAAGUGUGGUGUUUGCCACGUUCGAAUUGCCGAUGAAAAUUGCUUGUGACGAGUUGGAAGAGAUCAUCGACUCCCAUAAAGACCAGCUAAAUAAAAUUGAAACAGAAAAAGCUGCCAUUCUGAAGCGAAACGACAUGAAUAAGAAGAGCGACUCAAGCACAAAUGGCUCUCAAAAAUGUCGCACCAACAAAAAGUUGGCGUCUAGCCAAGUGGACUUGAAGAUCUGCAGACUCGAGUUUCGUGUUGCGGAGUUGAAAAGUUACGGAGACAAGCUACUGAAACUUAUGAGCUCUCAGAAACUUGUGCCGAGUAGUGAAGGGUCAACGGAGCCAAGAAAUCAAGAUUCAAUGGCAUCAAUAUCUGGAGAAUUCACAGAGCUUUCUAUGGAACCGAGUGGGGAGACUGUUGAAGACUUGCAACAACCUGGAACCAAAGCGACAGCUUUGUUGGCGCAUACUACACUAUGCCCGAAAAGAUCACAAGAAUUUAUGACUCACGGAUAUGAUGCAAGACCGUAUUCAAAGGAUUACAGGCCUAAUUGGUCAGAAGUCACUCCUGCAGACUUUAAUUUUGGUAGUUCGCAGCAGCAAUUAGAGCACACCUUCCUUAACCCAUCGGACCGACAUGGCAUCCAGCUACCAUCGAGCACCUUUCCUCCGCCUGCUUCUGACCUUUCCUUGAAUGAGUUCAGUUUCCUUGCAACACCGAAUCCGACACCGGAAGCCAUGGAAGUCGAAUUUCUGCAGAACUCGGCGACACCCUCACACUGUCCUGCGUUACAUCUGAAAUCCAGAUCUAAUGAAGAUGACGUAGAAUUCCAAGAACUCGUAGAUUAUGUUCUAGAUGAGAAGCUUGAUGACUCCAAAGCGAACUUUGAAAAUUUUAAGAAACGUUGUGGAGGUGCGGGCCCAUCACUGCCGGACUUGCCGGAUGAUUUUCUGAAGUCGUCGCUGACUCCACCAUCUCUAGAGUCUUCUAUACCAUCAGCUGGUGUCUCGGCUUCUGGAGCAUCAUCGGAUAGUAGGAUCAACUUAUUGGAGAAUCAUACUCAACAUAUUCCAAUGGACCAGACUCAACUCGACAGUCAUGUGGCUAACCACGACUCCAGCCGCAUUCAGAGUGCACAGGAGCAACAAUAUUCCGCUGGCCACAUCGCCUACCCUGGACAGCAAGUACCGGGGCAAAAUUGGGAUAUCAGUAAUGGUACAAUGGGUAUGGAAUGGGAGCCUGCAAGAUUAUAUGACAACCCACCAAGUGGUUCUGAAAUUCCACACGGAGCUGGAGAAUUGCCAUUUCCUGGAAACCCCACCGGUGUCUCUUUUCAAAUGAAUUACUUGUCAGAAGAGUACGCUCCUAUCAACACUCCCGGAGACUCAGACGCAACCAACUUGCCUCCAGACGGUCAAUUCUGGAAUAUGCCACGUUUUUCAGUCGCAUAA